AUGGGCUGCCGCGGUUUGUGUGUACGGACUGGGUACGGCAUGUUGAACAGGCCACGGGGUCGCCACUGUGAAGUCCAUCAGAUGAUUGGAAACUACAUGUGGGACCAAAAGACAAAUUUAUCUUUUGAUAUUGGUGUGAAUAAAGAAAGCAUGCUGCCUCUCUGGUGGAAUGGAUCGGAGCCUUUGUGGGUCACAAUGAUGAAAGAAAAAAAGAAUGUUUCCAUGUACUACUGGCCAGGUUGCGAGGUCGAAAUCCUUGGGGUGAGACCAAGUUAUUGCCGCGAAUACUUCAGCGUCCCAACAGACAAAAACUUUGCAGAUGCCAUCAGUGACGCUCUCGAGUCUUUGCGCAACGGCAGCGCCGAAAUGGCUGCUGUGUACUACGAGCGCAUUGACGUGGAAGGCCACCACUACGGCCCUUCGUCCCAGCAGCGGAAGAACGCUCUGAAGGAGGUGGACAAAGCCUUGAGCAACAUGAUCACGCUCAUCAAGAGCAUGGGUCUUCAGCAUGAUGUCAACGUCCUCCUCUUCUCUGAUCACGGGAUGACAGACAUCUCUUGGGCGGACAAAGUGAUUGAGCUGAAAAACUAUAUCAAUAUGAGCGAUACCAUACAAAUGAAGGAUCGAGGUCCUGUUGUGAGCCUCUGGCCAGCUCCAGAGAAGCACGCAGAGAUAUAUCAAAAACUGAAAGCUGUGGAACACAUGCAUGUUUAUAACAUACAGGAUAUUCCAGACAGGUUUUUCUACAAAAAAGGAAAAUUUGUGUCUCCUCUAACUCUCGUGGCCGAGGAAGGAUGGUUCAUAGUAGAGAGCAGGGACAAGCUGCCCUUCUGGGAGAACGGGACGGGGAGGAAGGAGGCCUGGCAGAACGGCUGGCACGGCUAUGACAACGAGCUCAUGGACAUGAGAGCCUUCUUCAUUGCAUAUGGGCCAGAUUUCCGAUCCAACUUCCGAGCGCCUCCCAUCAGAUCCGUGGAUAUUUACAACAUCAUGUGCAGCCUGGCAGGAAUACAGCCGCUGCCCAACAAUGGCUCCUGGUCCAGGGUGGAGUGCAUGCUCCGAAACACGGCCCCCUUGGCACCGCUCCCCCCGGGCGGCAGCUGCGCCCUGGCGCUAGCUCUGCUCUCCCUGUUCGCCCGGCAGAUCUCCUUACUGUGA